UCUUACAGAAUUUUGCCACCCAAAAUAAGUCACAGAUUAGAACUCAUAUAUUUAUUUUCUAAGUAAUAAAGCCAACUCGUGCUCCUAAUAUGAAGUGUGCAACGUGUGAAGGCAAAAGUGAGCAAACAGCAAAAUGCUUUAUGAAAGCUUUGGAUGCCAUUAAAGAACACUUUUUGAUGAUGCAGGAUCUGUGUGUGGAAAAGGAAACCACAAUUCGACUAUUAAACAAGCGUAAUGAAAAACUGCAUAAUGCACUCGAUAUUUUGCGACAGGGACAUGAGCAACGCGCCAAGUCAAGUCCCAAACGUCGUAGACUGUCGCCCAAAAAACAACAAAUAAAACGUAGCAACACACAACAAGCGGAGACGUCUCCAUUGCUGCCUGAGAGUCAGAGUUCACUGAAUAUGAAUAUAGCUCUCUAUGAAGAUGAGGACGAGGAAGAAAUCAUUACAGAAACGGAGCCACCUAUCAGUCCGUACAAGCCCUGGAAUAUGCGUCGCAAAUCAAACACACGAAAUUGCGAAAACGAGCAACCGACAAUCACAUCAACAGCAGCAGCAAAAUCAACAGAUGCCAACAACCCCUGGCUGGGCAAAGUACCUAAAGACAGGCUGCCAAUGGGCAAGACAAAAAUGUCGCUGACAAUACGUAGUGAUUCACCCAGACUAAAACAGACCCGUUUGCAAUUUGAUGCUGGCAAGAGCAACAAUACAGCCUGCGAUAAAGAUAUUAUUGAAUCCAGUCCAAAUUUAUAUUCCUCGCUAAAACAUGCGAAGCAUUCACGUUCGCUUUUACAGAGAGCCGACAACAAAAACGCCUUAGACAUCAAACCUGCCGCAAACAUCGCCAAGACACCAAUCAGUAAUAAGAAGCCUGUGUUUGAAAUGGAUGACGAUGAAACAUUCUUUGAACUUUGUCCAGAUCCGUCAGGCCAUCAGCCAGCUUCGGGAGCAACUCUACCCCCUUUGAGUGGCGCUUCCGAUACAUCAAGUGUAGUUCUACUCACACCUGGCACACAGGAUAUUGUGUUCGUUGAUGACAGUAUUACGGACAACACGCUAAACACUAUGGACUUUAUGGAGGAGGCCAUUAAAGAGGACGACAAAGUUUCGCUGACAAGGCUGCAGGAGUUCGAAGCAGAGCUAAUAAGAAAGCGCCAGUUAGAGGCAGCCAAAGCGAAAUCUCCUGCGGACUUUGUUAGAGUAAAACAUGAGCCUCUAACAGAGCUGCCAACCCCUUUUGGCAAUGAAUCAACCAAGCUUCCAGCCGAUUUUGAAAUAGAUGAUGAACAAGAAGAUGAAGACGAGGAGGAGGAAGUAUUUCCGCGCCCCAUUGUAGUCAAACAGGAGCAUGAUAUGAGCCUGAAGCAACGCCACAAUUUUGCUUGCCCGCAGUGCGAAAAGUUCAUCACAUUUAUGGGUACGAACUUGAGUGACGAAAAGAUACAAAUGUAUCUAAAUAAUUGCAGACACGAGCGAGAGUUUGAAAACAACACACCCCCUGGCUUUUGGAAUCCGCACAUGAUUUCAUUUACAGAUGAAGAUCCACGCAAUGAGGUUCAUGUUGAUCGUCGCUUUGUUGAUCGGCGAAAGAAAUAAGACUUAGAUGAUAUUUAUAGCCCAGAAAUUGCAAACGCUGUAUAUUUAUAUGAACAUAUCAUUGCAU